UCUUCUUCAGGCCCGUCACACUCGGCCGAGAUGUCUUUUAUAAACACAGGUCCGGGGAUAAUGGCGUCACAGAGAAAACACAGGUCGACCUCUCCCCAGCCCCUGGCUUCAGCAGCCUGCCUCUGUGUCUUCCUACUCCCAGGCCUAACUGUGGCAGCCAUGGGAAUUCCUAGUACCAGUCUGCUGUGUAACUUCUGCCCUCUACAGCACAAAGGAAGGUCCUGCAGUAAGGACUCCACCACCGAGUGUCUCCCGCAAGAGCGCUGUGGUACUAGUAUGGGGCGUUUCGGUUCCAUUCACAUCCUGUCUGCACAGGGCUGCAUGACCCCUGACCUCUGUAACUCCACCCACGCCGUGACCCACCAAGGGGUCAGCUAUAAUGUGACAUACAGGUGUUGCUGUAGCGACCAGUGUAACCAGCCUCCGGCCUCUGAUACCUACAUUAAGAGGCUGUUAGGAGUGACGGUGGGGCACAGUGAGGAACCUCCGAGCACGGCGGACCGUCUGGAUAGAUGCCCUCGAGACGAGGGCGUGGAGGAGGAUGACGCCAUCACUCAGCCACAUGGAGAAAACAACACGAAUUCCAUCUAUAAAGUCCUCUCAGAUCUCCGGGAGUGGGUAAAGAGUAGGGCCUAGGGGUCCAUCUGGAAUUCAGCACUACUUGUCGCUGGGGACAGGCCUGUUAGCCACAGUCACUGUCCCCAUCCUCAUACAAGGGAUUGACACUUAUUCAAAUACAUUUUAUUUCCAGUGUAAAUGUGCUUAUUUAUUCAAUUAUUUGUAAUAACUUAUGUGAAGUGUAAUAAAUGUUUGGCGAUGUUGCAAUAUUGACGUAUGGUAAAAGCUGUAGUUCUCAGUGUGGUAGCUGGUGAAUGCAGUGAAUAAAGAGAGCAUGUUGAAGUAA